AUGUCUAAUCCUUCGACCGACCCAUCGACCGGGAACAGCAAUGUCAGCGGCGCGAGUCAACAGUCUGUGACGAGUGGGGAUGAGCUUGUCACCUUCCGAUUCGAGCAUAACGUGGAUGGCGAUGGUCACCACGUCCUCACUGGGCGCGAGGGUAAACUCGCUCGGUGUGAAGACGAACCCAUUCGAACACCAGGCGCCGUCCAGAGCUUCGGAGUUCUUAUCGUCAUUCAAGAGAACCCUGAGGAAGAAACCCUCACCGUCCGACAGGUCUCCGAAAACGCAGCAGAAUUACUGGGCCUCACACCGCGCUAUCUCUUCUCACUGCCCUGUUUCUCCGAAAUCCUCCCAGAUUCGCAAGUCGACGUGCUCUGGGAUAACAUCCAGUUCCUGCCCGAUCCCGACCUGCACUCGACAGACGAAGAUGACAGCCCGCACGUCUUUCUCAUCAAUGGCUGGGGCGAGCCCGGGAGCGCACAUCCAGACGAUCCGGACGCGGACCAGUUCAGGAGGAGGUAUUGGAGCUGUUGGUGUGCAGCCCAUCGACCGAAACAGCGCGCGUCUGGGUCCAGUUCGGAGACGGGCGCGGGCGCGGGUGGACCAUCGACGUCGAGGGUCGUCGAUAAUGGGGGGUUGAUCAUAUUGGAGUUUGAGUUGGAGAGAGAUACGUUCAAUCCGUUGUAUCCGAUGCCUUCGCCGACGGGAGAGAACAACUCGACGACAACGGGGAUGUCGUCCCCUGGGAGCGCAGGGAGUGGAAGCUCGGGUGGUACGGGUGGGUCUACGUCUUCAGGGACGCUGGUUUCGGGAAGCACUACCACCGUUCAGAACGGGGAGGAGGUCCGCGGACUGGACGGGCAGGACGAUUGGAGACCUAGCGCGGCAGAGAUAUUGGAGAGUACGACGAAUCAUGCGAAACCGCUCCCCGCACUCGAACGGAUCCGAAAAAUGAGCCGCAUGUCGUCCUCCGCGUCUGCCUCAGGCGCGUACUCCUCUCCUACACCUGGAAUCAUGGGCCCCGUUGGACUUGGAGGCGGAGGGCCUCUCCUACGGACGACACGUCGGGGGACGCGGCGCUCUGCACAAGGUUCCGGGGUGGGCAUGAUGGACGUGUUUGCGGUCAUGGCGCAGAUCAACGAGCAGCUCGGGGCGGCGAAUGAUUUGGACGGGUUUUUGAAGAUUGUGGUGGGCGUGAUUAAGGAUCUGACGCAGUUUCAUCGGGUGCUGGUUUAUCAGUUCGAUGAGAACUGGAACGGGCAGACUGUGGCGGAGUUGGUGGAUUGGAAUCGGACGCAUGAUCUUUAUAAGGGGUUGCAUUUUCCGGCUUCGGAUAUUCCGGCGCAGGCGCGAGAGUUGUAUUGUAUUAACAAGAUGCGUCUGUUGUAUGACCGCGAGCAGGUCACAGCUCGAUUAGUCGUGAAGAGCAGAGAGGACCUCGAAACACCCCUGAACAUGACGCACUGCUAUCUCCGCGCGAUGAGCCCGAUCCACCUGAAAUAUCUGGGGAAUAUGGGGGUGAGGUCGUCGAUGUCUGUGUCGAUAAUGGCCUUCGGCACACUCUGGGGCCUCGUUGCGUGCCAUUCGUAUGGAAACCAUGGGAUUCGAGUGUCGUUCCCUGUUCGUCAGAUGUUGAGAUUGCUAAGUGAUUCGAUAUCGAGGAAUAUUGAGCGGUUGAGCUAUGCGCAGCGGUUGCAUACUCGGAAAUUGUUCAAUACACUCACAUCAGACCAACAUCCAACUGGAUACAUCGUCUCGAAUGCUGACGACCUCCUCGGCCUCUUCGACGCCGACUUUGGCGUCCUCGUCAUCGGCGAAGGCGCCAAGAUCCUCGGGCCCAACCAACACGGCCAAGAAGUCCUCCUCAUGGCCGAAUACCUGCGCGUCAAACAAUUCACGAUGAUCCAGGUCUCCCAAGCUGUCACCAAGGACUUUCCGGACCUGCAGCUCUCCGCCGGCCUCGAAGUCAUAGCGGGCCUGCUGCAUGUGCCGCUCAGUCCCGGAGGGAACGAUUUUAUUGCGUUUUUGAGGAAGGGACAGCCAAGACAUGUGCAUUGGGCGGGGAAGCCGUUUAAGGAGGGGGCGGGGCCGGAUAGCGUGAGUUUGGAGCCGAGGAAGAGUUUUAAGGUAUGGAGUGAGAAGGUUGCGGGGAGGUGUAGGAAUUGGACGGAUGAGCAGUUGGAGACGGCGGGCGUUUUGGCGUUGGUUUAUGGAAAGUUCAUCGAGGUCUGGCGGCAGAAAGAGACGGCGCUGCAGACGACGAAGUUGACAAAUAUAUUGCUGUCAAAUGCGGGUCAUGAAGUCCGAACUCCUUUGAAUCAUAUUAUCAAUUGCCUUGAACUUGCUCUCAGCGGAUCUCUGGACUCCGAAACUAGAGAGAAUCUCAGCCAGUCCCAUGCGGCGUCGAAGUCAUUGUUGUUCACGAUCAACGACCUUUUGGAUCUAACACGACUAGAGAGCGGACACGAAAUGCUCUUCAGCGAGCCUUUCGAUUUACCGUUCAUCAUUGAGGAGGCAACAAACCUUUACAAGUCGGAAGCCGUACGUCGGGGCCUUGAGUUCAGGAUCGACUGUGAGAAUAGCCCGCGGAUGGUCAUCGGCGACUCGAGCAAGAUUCGGACAGUGGUCGCGAAUUUGACGGCUAACGCGCUGAAAUACACUGAGAAAGGCGGGAUCACGAUCACCUGCCGCGCAUUUGAAGAGCCCAUAGGUCUUCGGAAUGCGGAUUCUAUUGCCGUCGAAAUUGUCGUACAGGAUACAGGCUGUGGCAUAGCGGCGAACAAGCUGGAGAGUAUUUUCCGCGAGUUUGAACAGGUUGAUUCGGCUUUGCCAAAGACAGGUAACACGCCUGGUCUCGGGCUUGGUCUUGCGGUGGUUGCUAGGGUCGUCGAGCAACUCGGUGGCCAGCUCCGCGUAGACUCUAAGGUCGACGAAGGCAGUCGGUUCUCUUUCCUCCUCCCCUUCCCGUUAUCGACGAACCCUGGUGAGCGCUCUUUUUCGGCACCCUCACCGUUGUCUGGUGUGUCGCGGGAGCGGGCAAGCAGUCGCGGAUCUGGGAGCAGUCGCGAGGUGGACAGUCUCGUGGACGCGCUUGCGAGCAGUCUGGGUGGAGGAGGUCCGGGGACGAAUCGGCUUGGAACGUCGUCGUCGUCGUCGGAGAUGCCGCCAUCGGUACCAGGGACGUUCGCGGUGCGGGAUUCUGGUAUGCCCGUACGGCCCGUGAAGGUGGAUGAGUUCGAGAUGGAAGAAAAGAUGAUGAAGAGGGAGUCUGUGCCGAGGUCGUCUAUGUACGUGAAGGAGCCAUCAUCGUUGCCAUUGCCCAAGACAACGAAGCAAGUGGACGGCGUCUCGAAGGCCACUGCUGUUGGAGAGUCUUCCAGGUCCGGAAGUCUGAGGGUGUUGAUCGUCGAGGAUAAUGACAUCAAUCGCAUGAUCCUCGCGAAGCGGCUGACGCUUGAUGGUCAUAUUGUGGUCAACACCAAGAACGGCCAAGAAGGUGUCGAUAUGGUCAAGUCUGAUCAGAACUUUGAUAUCAUCUUGAUGGAUGUCCAGAUGCCAAUAUUGAACGGAUUCCAAGCAACGGAAGCUAUCCGCUUGCUCGAGAUGUCCCUCGACCUCGACAAGGAACGAGUGUCACACGCUCUUAACGGGCGGAUACCUAUCUUCGCUGUCUCCGCAUCGUUGUUGGAAAGACAGCGCGUUGAGCUAGCGAAGAUCGGUGUCGACGGUUGGAUCCUCAAACCUAUCGACUUCAAGCGGCUCAGCAUGAUCCUUCGUGGAGUGACUAACACUGAGCAGCGAGAACGAGACGAAUACCAGAUGGGUCGGUGGGAGAUUGGUGGCUGGUUGCCGCGCCACCCUCCAUCAGCCACUCCAUCUGAGGUCGACGUUGGUUCCGUCAAGGACGUGUCGCUCGAUGGUACAUGA